CUUCCAGUCGCUGCCUUCGAAGCGACCCUUUCGCCAGUCUCUGAACGACGACAAUGAGUUCCGCAUAUCCAGUCCAGCCGUCGCGACAGUAUAUUCCACAUAUACGCUCUCAGUGCUCGAACUGUAAUUUGCAGGUUGAGUUUCCAGUGCCGUCCCCUACACCAGCACAGGGUACAUUGUUGCGCAUCCGGUGCUUUAAGUGCCAAUCAAUCUAUGCACAUGCAUUCUACCCUGCACAACUUCCACCCGGCUAUUCUCCUAUGUCGGGCUCGAUGCCUCCGUAUAGCUCGAUAGGCUCUGGAAGCACUCCACCACCUUCAAAUGCCAGGAAAGGUCGCAAGAUUGGCACGCAGGAGAAACCUUUGGAAACAGGAUACUAUGACCUUCUAGGCGUUCCAAUAGAUGCAAGCACAGAUGACAUUAAAAAAUCAUACCGGCGGCUUGCAAUAAAGUAUCAUCCUGACAAGAACCGCGAUGACCCGAACGCAGAGGAAAAGUUUAAGGAGAUUGCGAUUGCGUAUCAAACCCUCUCUGACCCAGAGCUCCGCAAGAAAUAUAACGAGUUUGGUCCUAAGGAGAGUCAGCCAGAAGGCGGUUUCGUCGACCCUGAGGAAAUAUUUGGGGCCAUGUUUGGUGGAGAGAGGUUUGCACCGAUAAUCGGCCAAAUCAGUCUCGCGAAGGACAUGAAAGCUGCCCUCCAAGAGGUAGAGGAAACCGAGGCCGAAGACGGUAAGGAAGUGAAGCGUGAUGCAAAGGGUAAGGAAAUCCUCAGUGAAGAAGAGAAGGCUCGGAAAGAGGAGAAAGAGAAGAAAGCGACAGCAGAGAAAGCAGCAGCCCGUGCGGAGCGAGUUCAGAAACUCGUGGAGAACCUCGAGCGGAAACUUAGCAUAUUCACUGAGUCCGCAACUGGUCCUAAUGACCCUGAUGUUUCAAACAGCUGGCGCACUAUCUGUCAACUCGAAGCGGAGGAUCUCAAGAAGGAGUCGUAUGGUGCAGAGCUUUUGCAGGCCAUAGGCUUUGUGUAUGCCUCGAAAUCAAAGCACUACCUUGCUACGAAUCAGACGUUGUUUGGAGUCGGUGGCUGGUUCCACAAUGUCCAAGGCAAAUACCACGUAUUCAGUGAAACUGUGUCAACACUGCGAUCAGCAAUCGAAUUGAAGAGCGUAUUUGAUCAAAUCGCAGCAGCGGAGAAAGCUGGCAACCUGACUCCGGAGGAAAAGAAGAAAUUAGAGGAGCAGGCCGCUGAGAAAGGCAUUCAGGCCCUUUUCAAGGGCACGAAACUUGAGAUCGAGUCUGUAUUGCGCGAAACUUGUGACCGCGUCCUCGAGGACCCGACGAUACCCCGCCAUAAAGCUCAGUUACGAGCUGUUGCGAUGCAAAUUCUUGGAGAAUCAUAUGUGGCCGUCAAAAAGGACGUAGAUCCAAACACAGACGAAACCGAAUAUGUGAGGAUCGAGACAAAGAGCAGUCGAGAAAAAGACCGUCAACGAGGUCCUUGAUCUGCUGCCUCCACGUUCGUCUCAGUAUACCAAGCAAUGCAUCUUACCCACAGCUUACUCCUUCUCAUAUCCAUCUAAUUACUCUUCCCACUU